AUCUCCUGCAACCAGUCCCACACCAAACCGCAGGGCUCCUCCGGGUCCCCCAGCCCGCCCAGGUUCUCGUGGACCUCCACCCGGGCCUCCCCCUGCCGGGGGACCGCCAGUCCCAUCUCGUCCCGGAGCUUCUCCCGACCCACACGGUGGGCCGCCUCCCACUGUGCCCUCCAGACCUAAUCGUGCACCCCCUAGUGUGCCCAGUGGUCACGGGGGUGAGUGAGAACACGAAAGGUCACAGUCUGUGCAUCAAACCUUGUGUUGAGCCCUCACGUUGUUGAAUUCAUACCCACCUUCCCAUCCUUUUUUUUUCUUACUGCUGAACUUCACCCUCAGUGUAUAUGUGUUGUAUUUUUUCCCUCACACACAAAAAUCACAUACCGGAUCCUCAGUCCAGUCAUUUAUGGAACACUCCGCCCUGUGAAGCACAUCCUCCUCGUUAUUUAUUAAUAUUUAGUUGAUUAUGGACAUAUUUUAUGGCGUUCUUCUGUAUAUGUGGUGCAUUUUAUUGGACUUGUACUCUCCCUGUUUAGAAACUUUAGUCUGCAACAUAUAAAACAGCAGAAUGUUUAAAUCAUCAACUAUAGAAUAUUUAGCAACAAUAAGAGGAUAAAACGUCAGGUUGUUGAAUAACUUUGCUGGAAACAGGGAGGGUGCUCUUUUUGUUUUUGACGAGUGUAACUGUACUCUCCCAACACAUUAAACACCUCUGAGUACUGGAA